GGGCAGCAUUAGAAAGCAAAGGCGCUUAGAGCAGGGCUCGGGAUGUGCCCUGAACUGAGCAGGCCCUCUCCAAGCAGGCCGGCGGCAUGAUGGCAGAGAAGGCGCUGGAGGCUGUGGGCUGUGGACUAGGGCCGGGGGCUGUGGCCAUGGCUGUGGUGCUGGAGGACGGGGCGGAGCCCCCUGUGCUGACCACGCACCUGAAGAAGGUGGAGAAUCACAUCACCGAAGCCCAGCGCUUCUCCCACCUACCCAAGCGCUCCGCCGUGGACAUCGAGUUCGUGGAGCUGUCCUACUCCGUGCGGGAGGGGCCUUGCUGGCGCAAACGGGGUUAUAAGACCCUCCUCAAGUGCCUAUCGGGCAAAUUCUGCCGCCGGGAGCUGAUUGGCAUCAUGGGCCCCUCGGGGGCUGGCAAGUCCACGUUCAUGAACAUCUUGGCAGGGUACAGGGAGUCUGGCAUGAAGGGGCAGAUCCUGGUCAAUGGGAGGCCACGGGAGCUGAGGACCUUCCGCAAAAUGUCCUGUUACAUCAUGCAGGAUGACAUGCUGCUGCCACACCUAACAGUGUUGGAAGCCAUGAUGGUCUCUGCUAACCUGAAGCUGAGUGAGAAGCAAGAGGUGAAGAAGGAGCUGGUAACAGAGAUCCUGACGGCACUGGGCCUGAUGUCCUGCUCCCACACGAGGACAGCCCUGCUCUCCGGCGGGCAGAGGAAGCGCCUGGCCAUCGCUCUGGAGCUGGUCAACAACCCACCUGUCAUGUUCUUUGACGAGCCCACCAGUGGUCUGGAUAGCGCCUCCUGUUUCCAAGUGGUGUCCCUCAUGAAGUCCCUGGCCCAGGGAGGCCGUACCAUCAUCUGCACCAUCCACCAGCCCAGUGCCAAGCUCUUUGAGAUGUUUGACAAGCUCUACAUCCUGAGCCAGGGUCAGUGCAUCUUCAAGGGCAUGGUCACCAACUUGAUUCCCUAUCUGAAGGGGCAGGGCUUGCACUGCCCCACCUACCACAACCCUGCUGACUUUAUCAUUGAGGUGGCCUCUGGCGAGUAUGGAGACUUGAACCCCAUGCUGUUCAGGGCUGUGCAGAAUGGGCUCUGUGCCAUGGCUGAGAAGAGCAGCCCUGAGAAGAAUGAGGUCCCCCCCACCUGCCCCCCUUGCUCUCAGGAAGUGGAUCCCAUUGAAAGCCACACCUUUGCCACCAGCACUCUCACGCAGUUCUGCAUCCUCUUCAAGAGGACCUUCUUGUCCAUCCUCAGGGACACGGUCCUGACCCACCUGCGGUUCAUGUCCCAUGUGGUGAUCGGUGUGCUCAUUGGCCUCCUCUACCUGCACAUUGGUGACGAUGCCAGCAAGGUCUUCAACAACACCGGCUGCCUCUUCUUCUCCAUGCUGUUCCUCAUGUUCGCUGCCCUCAUGCCAACUGUGCUCACCUGUGAGCUGAGCUGCCCUGGGCAUGGGGCACAGGGUUGGGGCCAAGGUGUCGGGCAGCAGCGCUGCCUAAAUCUGUCUGUCUCCUCAGUUCCCUUAGAGAUGGCGGUCUUCAUGAGGGAGCACCUCAACUACUGGUACAGCCUCAAAGCAUACUACCUGGCCAAGACUAUGGCUGAUGUGCCCUUUCAGGUGGUAUGCCCAGCAGUGUACUGCAGCAUCGUGUACUGGAUGACGGGCCAGCCAGCCGAGACCAGCCGCUUCCUGCUCUUCUCAGCCCUGGCCACAGCAACCGCCUUGGUGGCCCAGUCUCUGGGGCUGCUGAUCGGAGCUGCCUCCAAUUCUCUACAGGUAGCCACAUUUGUGGGGCCGGUUACCGCUAUCCCUGUCCUCUUGUUUUCCGGCUUCUUUGUCUCUUUCAAGACCAUCCCCACUUACCUUCAAUGGAGCUCCUACCUCUCCUACGUCAGGUAUGGCUUUGAGGGAGUGAUCCUGACAAUCUAUGGCAUGGAGCGAGGAGACCUGAUGUGCUCAGAGGAACGCUGCCCAUUCCGGGAGCCGCAGAGCAUCCUCCGAGCUCUAGAUGUGGAGGAUGCAAAGCUCUACAUGGACUUCGUGGUCUUGGGCAUCUUCUUCCUGGCCCUACGGCUGCUGGCAUACCUCGUGCUCCGUUACCGGGUCAAGUCUGAGAGAUAGAGCCUUGCGCCUGGCUUGCGCCCCUGCCCCGCAGCAGGAAGCCCCCAGCCUCAGCCCUUUGGGACUGUUUUAACCUUGUAGACUUGGGCACUGGUUGCUGGUGCAGCCACCCUUCCCUCCCUCGGCU